AUGUCUCAAUUUGAUUGUGAUACUUGUGAAGCCACUAACUUUUUGGAUCGUGAGGGCAACAUCACUGAUCCACCAACUUCAAUCACUCAACCUACUUUAAACAAUCAAUAUGCUGAUUCUAACUCAGCAUCCUCCUCCACGGGGUCAUCCAUUUUUUGUGAUCGCUGUUUACGUAAUCAACAGUAUCAUUGCGAUGUCAUGAAGCAGCUCAAUGUUGAGCUUGACCCUGGACAUCCAAACUAUCAGAUCUCGGAAGAGAAGAUUCGCAAUGUCAAGAGAGAUCUUGACAAGCGUUACCCAAUGGUUUGCGAGAAAUGCGCACCAAAAGCUCAAGAACAGCGCGAUAAAGCGGACAAGUUCGCAAAAUCUGACUGGCUUGGAAGAUUAAACGCUCUCAGCGAGUUGAUUAGAAGCCAAAAGACAUGGAAGGAUACCUUUCAAAAUGUCAUAUAUCAAACCCUCCUCUACCCAAUCGUAUCAAAAAUCUGGUACCUCGUUGUCAUCGGGCAAAUGCUUGCUCUUGUUCUAGGUCUCUUCAAUGUCACAGACAUCUUGACCAACGCCUUAAACUUAAUCCCCUACUUCUCGAACGACUUGAAACUUAACAUUAUCUCUUUCUUGGCAUCGAAGAGAUAUCUUGGAUGGAGCAUCCUUUACAACUUGUUGUCAUGUGGCAUGAAUCCAUUCUUCUCCCGAUGGUAUCCAAGAGGAAACCCUAAGCGUAUCAUUGGCUUUUUCAACUGGUAUGGAUACCAAUUACUUUUGCAACUGGUCUUGCGGGUAAUUUUAUGCUCCAUUUUCGGAAAUGGUUUCUUUACACACCUUUCCUCCUUCACCAUGAUGAUAGCAAAUGGCUUCACCAUCUUCUUCAAUUUCCUCAUUGCAUACGGCUCACGUUUUUACCUUGGCCCUAAGAAAAUUUCACUUUGGAGAUCAAAGCCAGGCCCAAUUUUCACACCACAAACAUUCGAGACUUCAGAAAAAUCCGGCAAUGCAAUGUCAGAUGUUCUUGAUGAAAUCAUGACCUCAACACCAAAAGAUCUUCAUCAGACACCUUCCCCACCUCCACAUCCCACUCAACGAAACAACCCUUAUAACCAAGAACAGUCAUAUCAACAUGUUCGUCAAAGUCACACAUCUGGCUUUCACGAAAAACCUUCCGUAAACGCCUACAGCCAAAACUAUAAUGGACAUCAUGAGAUUGCAAGACAAACGGACCUUCUUUUAAAAACCAACACUUCUGGUUUGAAUUCGGCUGAGUUCAACCAUUAUUUAGCAACUGGUGAGUUACCAGACUGGAAAGUUCAAGAAGGCGAGGAAAUGGACUGGGACCCUACCGUUACUCGUGUGAAACACGACUUCAACAUUCGUCAUCGUGCUUUGGACACGACGUCAAACUAUGAAACUCAAGUACAACCUUUCGGUCAAUCUACAUCCUUCCAAUCGUCGAAUUCAUUUAAUGGCCCCUCUCCAUUUUAUGGCAAACUUCCAGCGGCCCCAAUCAGCCCAGCUCAUCGACUUCGCAAUCCCCCAAACAGACCACGACUUGAAGUGCCAUCAGCCCAGCGAAAAGAGAACUUUUUCAAAAACAUGACACAAAAACCAGCUUUUGGCACAGCCAACAAAGAUCACUAUGAAAUUCAAAUUGCAGAUCCGAAACUACAUGUCGCCAAUCCUAAAGCAUAUCAAUUGGAUACUGGUUUUGAAGAAGCCUUUGGCAAAUUUUCCCUCGAAGAGAAGGAAGAAACACCAGCUAAUGAAUUCGGAAAGCUGAGCAUGGGAAGGGCCAUUGGAUUGAGUUUGUUGUUUGGUGGAUUAGCAGUAGGCGCAGGAGCUUACUACAAGUCCAAGGCCUUGUCGCAAGAUGAGACCUCCUCGUGGGGAGCUUCCUCCAUGGGUCUCACCAAUCCAUGGAGCAUAAAUGAAGAAUGA